AAAGCUCGACCUAUCCCGAUCAAUUCGAAAAGAAAAUACAGAAUUUGAUAAUGGAGUGUUUGUGACAAUCCCAAAAAUUAAAUCUGGAUAUCAGUUUUAUUGAAAUACUUGACCUGUAGGAAUAAUUAGAUAAAGGGAAAAAAUGCAGAUUGGCGAAAGUUCUUCAGGAUCGGCAGAUCAUAGGCUAGCUCUAAUUCAUGAGAUGAGCUCCCAUAAUUUUGAUCUUAUUCGUUUUGCUUCUUAUAGGACUGCUGUUAAGCUGAGGUUUAUCCAAAAAAAAGUGUGCUUACAUGCUGUGGAUAUUUGGAAUAUAAUAGAGGCCUUUCGAGAACAAGGAUUACAUGCUUUAGAACCUUCACAUGAAUUAAGUGUUGCAAGAUUAGAAACACUUCUAUGUUCCUUGUAUCACAGUCUCAAUAAAAGAGCUCCACCUACACAACAAGCAAAUGUUGAAGUAUGCUCUAGUUUACUUCUCAACUGGCUAUUAGCUGCCUAUGCAACAGUUGAUAAUGUUGGAAAGAUUAGAGUUUUCUCUAUCAAAGUAGCUUUGGCAACUUUAUGUGCAGGAAAACUUAUGGAUAAAUUGAGAUAUAUAUUUUCACAAAUAUCUGACAGCAAUGGUUUGCUUCUUCAGUGGAGGUUUAAUGAAUAUCUUCAAGAAGUUCUUGCAUUGCCUGCAGCUGUUUAUGAAUCUCCAACAUUCAAUUAUACAGAUUCCCUUGCUUCCACUAUAUUUAUGCUUAAUGCAAAAGUUACUGUUAAUGACUUCUUAGACACAAUGAUGUCUGAUCCAGGGCCUCCAGUUUUACUUUGGUUACCACUUCUUCAUCGCAUUGCCACUGUUGAAAAUGUUGUUCACUCAAUACAAUGUGACUCUUGCCUCAGGGAAAGAUUUAGUGGAUUCCGUUAUCGGUGUCUGAAAUGUCCACAUUACACAUUAUGCCAGGAUUGCUUCUGGCGAGGCAGAGUUUCCAGUCCACAUACCUUAGACCACCAGGUCAAAGAAUAUGCUUCCUUCUCACCCAAUAAAACCCUUGGACAGUCGCUGAGAAAAUCAUUUAGAUGCGUUCCAGAAAAGUCUAAGAAUCAUUUGCCCAAGUUUCCAGAACAGCCUGAAAAAACAUUGAAUCUGUCUCACAUUGUACCACCCUCACCUGUUCCUUCCCAUAAUGGAUUUCCGGAUAGUAAUUCAUGUAAUCCAUUUGAUGGAAUGGGCAGCUUAGACAGCAGGUCUUCCACUACUAGAAGUUUAGACAGUGCUCGGGAUGACGAACAUAGAUUAAUUGCUCGCUAUGCUGCCAAGCUUGCUCAAGAGGCAGGCCAGGGAAUGUCCAGAACUGGCUUGAGAAGAAGUUCUCUGUCACCUGACAUGGGUCGUGUAUCUUCUGAAGCUUGCCUUGGAAUGGAUUCAACUAGAGCCCAGAGAGAACUGAUUGGACAGUUAGAAGCGAAGAAUAGGGAAAUAAUGAGGGAAAUUGCAAGACUCAGGAGGCAGCAGGAAUUAGAGGGCAGUGCACAUGGACCUGACAAUCCUCUUCUUAUGAAUGAAUUGAGGGCAUUACGUAUGAGGAAAGAUGAACUAGAGACUCAUUUGAGUUCAUUACAAGAUUCCAGGAGGCAGCUUAUGAUACAGUUGGAAGGCCUCAUGAAAAUGCUGAAGGUUGCAGAAAAGUCAUCGGAGAAUCAUCAAGCUUCGCCCAGGAGUACACCAAAUUCUUCACCGCGAAGUACGAAAUCUCCGCCUCUGCCAUCAGCCACCACCCCUGGACAGGCAAAUCCACGCAGUGCUCCCCAAACGCCAUCUGGACUACCAUCCUCUAGCACAUCUAUGUCUAAUUCGACUACAUCUAUGGUAGGAAAAUCGGACAGUUUGUCUAACAUGAGUCAUUCCAUGGUUGAAUUCGGACACAACCAACCUCAUGUUCAGUCCAAGGAUGUCAUGACAAACAUUCAGCAAGAUAGAGCGGAGAGGGGCAUGCACAACUUGAACAGCGAAUCUUUGAUGGGGGUUGGAGGGGACGUUAGAGAUGUUAGGAACGCCUUUGGUGGAAAUAUCAAUAUGGUUGUGAGCAAUGGAAACGGAAAUCGAGAUCCAAUGGGUAGAUCUUUGAGGAAUGAUCUCUUAGUUGCGGCCGAUUCUGUUACGAAUGCCAUGUCAACUCUGGUUCGAGAGCUUAAUUCAGGUACCGAUAGAUAAAUAAGGUGUUGCAAAUUGUUAAUUUUCGCACUUGGUCUAAAUCAUCAUUCCGUCGUUUAGCUGUUCAGUAUUAUUUUAGAUCUAAGGUUUUCAAGUAGCCCCAGUAUGUGUUGUACUCAGGCACUCUGUUUCAAUGGAUAAUACUCAUAUUGAUAUCAGUACUUAAGCAGCGAAAAAGUGAGAAGGUGAUCUUGCAUGACUGCAAUAAAGUGUCAACAAUGCAUUUACGCCGAUUCUCAAUAAUUCUUAAAGACUCAUUGCAGUAAUAAUGAUCUCGUCAAUACUAUAGGAAAGAAAUACCUAGCAAGAUUGUCAAUUUACAUUUCAAUUUUUUAUUUACACGCCACUGCCCGGAUAGAAACUGACAUUACUAACAAUUAAAUUACUAACAAUAAAAUUACUGAUGAAGACGAAGGUAACUGAAAACAUCUUCUUUCAAUAAAAUUAAGUUCACAGAAAAUGUGAAGAUUUGUGGAAAGAAAAUUGCAGCUAUAUUGGAUUGAACCAUGUAAUGAAAUUUUCAGAUAAAUAAUUGCCUGAAGAUUGAAUGAUAUCUUCCUAAACAAAUCGAAUUCGAAAAUGAAGAAGAUGUUUUUUUGGCUAGGGUUACUUACUGUGGAAAGUCAAAGACUUGCCAUAUGUGUGUAUAGCGUUUCUUACACGUCACACGUGGUUUUUAUCCCAAAAUAUACUAGAAAACAAAUUGUGGACUGAUAUUUUCUCUCUUAGCAAAUUAUUAUUGACAUUCAAUUUGAGGGGUACCUUUUUCUUCUUCGGACAAAAGUUAAUUAUCAAGUAGACGUCUUUACUUGCAGGAAUAAACUAUAAAAGGAAAAAACAUGUUUCUAUCGCAAUGUCUCUGUCUGGUCUCUGAGACAAGGAAAAACUUGCUGAUUUUCUCAUAAUUAACGCAACCUCAUAACGCAAAUAGGAAUUUCAUGUAGAUUCAGAAUAUGAUAUUAAAAUUGGGUAAUCUCGCUUGAAAAAGCAGAGUGGUACCCAGAAUUUUAUGAAGCAAAAACACUUCUCCCGAUCUCAUCUACAUGACUGUAUAAAUUUAUUGAGGAACUACCCAACUAAGGUCUUUCUUAGAGGGGGUUGUUCUAUAACAUGCUCCUUUUAGCCAACAGAUAUAUAAACCAUACAAAUAUAACAUAUAGUUUGACAAAAUCCCGGUUUUUUCCUUUUUGCUCUAGUACUAACAAAGAUGUAGACGUCUUAUUUGCUAAUUUUAAUUGUUUUAUGGUAACCUGACACUUUUCAUUCAACUCGUGAAUCGGCUUUCGAGCCUCUUCAAGCUUUAAAUGAACUAGUUUAUUAAACUCUCACAACAUUUGUUUGAAUGGAACAGAGUGUUUUUAUCCAGUUACUAGUUGUAAUUUCAUUUACGUCCAUAAUUAUGUAGGCAUUAUUUAUUUUAUGAAGAGAUGUUAAAUUAUUUUGUUAACUGAAGAAUUUAUUAUUGUAAUUUCAAAGAUAUAUUUUGUUGUUGAAUUUUUAUUAUCAAAUAGAAGCAAGUACACUGAAUUCUAUUAAAUAUUUUCUGUGAAUUAUUAA